AUUUCAUUUCGUUCAUGUCAAACGACAGCAAGAGUUUACUUAUGUGUGUGAAACAUAGUAAAUUUUUUUCGUGUCAAAUAAAUAUAAUACAUACGAAAUAACUCUCGCAUUGCGUUGUUAAACAGAAAAAAAAAACUUCAAUCAUUUCGCAAUUUAUUUUCUUUUCUUUUAAUUUUUUAACCAAAAACCUUUUUUUAAAGAAAUAAACACUUAAUUUCAUCGAUAUUUUUUAGAAAAUUAUCGCUUGUUAUUGAAUAGCAUCCGAUUUCUGUAACCAAAAAAAAACAACAAAUGAAACACAACAAUACUCGAGGUAUUUGUGUGUCAAUAAAGUGGAAAUUGCGAAUCAAAAAAUCGAAUGAAAACACAGUGUAUAAACUUUAAAAUUAUAUCGCAUCCGAAAUGCAUUAGAAAUACAUAUAGAAAUAGAUGAUAAUUGUAUCAAUCGAGUGUUGUAUUACAAAAGUCAAAGUGCUUGUGAAAUUUUAUUUGGAAAUCCAUAGAAACAUAUUGGGUGACACCAACAAACUGGAAACACAAUCACCAGAAGCUUAAAGAUAAGAAAGAGAAAAAGAAAGGAACGCAAAUUCUCUUCUUUUGGUAAAUCUUCAUUUGUUUUUUGAUCUCGUGAAAGUGUAAUUGUAUUGGUGACGAUUGAAAAAAGGUCAUUUAAUGAAGGCGAUAAAGCACGAGUGGUGCUUUUAAUUCAAUGCGCUGUAGUGUGUAAAAGUAGAUGGCAUGGAAUGUGUGUGAGAGAAUUAAUGUGAGCCAACAUACGAAUGCAAAUAACAAUAACGGGUACGGUGUUUAACAAAAAUUCAAGCUAAUUUUCGUACCGUCGAACAAGUCACGACGAAUCAUUUAAAGAACAAGAACAAAUCAAAAAAGUGAAGUAACCCAAGCCCAGAUCCGAACGUUCAAUAUCCAACAUCUAACACGACACCGCUUUUGACGUGAACAGAGGGGCGCAUAACAGCAACAAAUUAUAAAAUCGAAGAUAGUCGAAUAGCAAAUAGCAAAACUAAUUGAAGAGAGAGAGAGAGAGAGAGAGAGAGAGAGAGAGAGAGAGAAUCGAUACGGAUAACCAAGUGGAUAGAUACGAAGUGUAGCCACAAUGUCGGUGCGAACAAAAAUGCUCGGGUUUGUCGAUGUGAUAUUACGGGUGCCGCCAAUCUUCAUCAUUGACGAAAUAUUGAAAAUUAGUAUGGGACUACCAUUCACAGCGCAAAAUGACUCCACAUUACUGGACAAUAGCCAAAUGCCAAAUAUUGAAACCAGAACAGCGGCCUCAGCAGGCGAUUCGGCUGAUAACAUUUUGUUCAAUGGCAACAAUAGUAGCACCAUCACCAGUAGUAAUUUUAGUAGUAAUAGCAGCUUAGAGCAAUUCCUAAAUACAUCGUCAACUGAACUAUUUGGUGAUGCUAUAUCAGCUGCCGCUGUCGAUGACACCGAAUUCUAUAAAUUAAUUUCAUUGACCAGUCUAAAGUUUUUAUCGUGUUUGCUAGGAUGUUUCAGCGCCGCCUGUAUAUUUAUGUUAUGGACAAGACACUUGGUUAUUGUUUAUAUGUACAUAGUAUCAAUAGGUUUAAUAUUUCUAUCUUAUUGGAGCAAUGUAUCUGCGAUAGCGCUGAUUGGUGAUGGGCCAUGCUUGCUGGAAGAUAUUCUAGCGUUGAAUGUGAACCGGUUGAUGGAUCCGCGUGGUGUUGCUGUUGCCAUACUACCGCAUCUCUUUGCCCAAUGGAUAAUUGGCAAAAUAUUUUCGUAUAUUCAUCUUGGACCAAAAUACAAGAGCAUUCAAACGUUAUUGCCGGUUAGCUUUUUGAUGCCAUUGCUGCUGGCCAUGUUACCGUUGCCUCAGCCAAUACUCAAACAUUCUCCCGCAUUUGCCGCCAUAAUGCCUUUGGCUCUAUCGAAAAUUGCUCUAUGGAGCUCAUCAUUUGAUAUAAUCAAAACGCUUUUGAAUGGUUACGAGCAUGCCAAAAAUUUUGCCACUAAUUUUGGGCUAUCCGCAUUGGUCGAAAAUGAAUGGCAACGCUUGAAUGUGCCAUGUGUGCUACGAGCUUUCUGGACCAUCAGAAUUGGCGAACAUUUUCUGACGCUAAUGUUAUCGUCCAAAGAUCCUCUAUCCUACUUGACAACAGUGCAAAAUCUGUUAGUGAGUGGCUGUGAAACCUUAACUGCGGUGCUUGGUAUGACAAGCAUUGUAUCGCUGAUUUGUUACUACAUCGGCAAAAUGUUCCAAUGGUUCCUGUUAUCCGAAGAUUAUGAUGAGGACAAAUCGAUUGGCACCGUUUCAGCGAUCUUAUUCUAUAUAUUGGCACUACAAACGGGAUUGACAUCACUUUCGCCGGAGAAACGUUUCAUUCGAUUAUGUCGCAAUUUUUGUCUAUUGAUUACGGCUUUGUUACACUUUUUGCACAAUAUCGUGGCACCAAUUCUAAUGUCGUUGAGCGCCGCACGAAAUCCAUCAAGAAAACGUCACAUACGCGCCUUGUGCGUUUGUGCCUUCCUUUUAGUUGCACCAAUUAUCUUACUAACCGCUCUGUGGUCUCGACAUUCGCCGUCAACAUGGCUGUUAGCUGUUACGGCGUUUUCAAUAGAGGUCAUAGUCAAAGUUUUGGUUAGUCUUGCAACUUAUACACUUUUCCUGUUGGAUGCUAGACGUCAAACAUUCUGGGAAAAAUUGGACGAUUACGUCUACUACAUUAAAGCCUUUGGAAAUUCUGUUGAAUUUUGCUUCGGAAUAUUCCUAUUCUUCAAUGGAUUUUGGAUUCUUUUGUUUGAAUCAGGUGGUGCAAUUAGAGCUUUUAUGAUGGGAAUCCAUGCUUAUUUUAAUAUUUGGUGCGAAGCCCGUGCUGGAUGGGGAGUGUUUAUGAAGCGACGAACCGCUGUUCAUAAAAUUUCCUCACUUCCAGAGGCGAGCUAUCAACAAUUGCAACAGUUCGAUGAUGUGUGUGCUAUUUGUUAUCAGGAAAUGACAUCAGCCAAGAUUACUCGAUGUAAUCAUUAUUUCCAUGGUGUUUGUUUGCGUAAGUGGCUGUACGUUCAAGAUCGAUGCCCGUUUUGCCAUGAAAUUAUUAUGAAUCAGGAAGCGGCUAACAAUUCAGCGUCGAAUUCAAAUGAACCAAACGAAAAUCAAAAUAAUAACUUGGACGCGCUUGACGAAAAUGGUGUCGAGGUACUUGAGGAAAAUCUAGAUCUUUAGGAAUACUUGUUAAUUAUAUGCUACAAAAACAGAAAUCAAUACGAUAAAUAGUAAUGCUAGCAGGAAAACUGUAAUAUUUGCAAAACGAAAGGAGAUACAAAAUAAUUAAAACAAAAACGAAGAAAAAAAUAUGAAAGAACAGAAAAAAUAAACUACACUGAACUUUUCACCUAAAUAUGAUAAUAUAGAUUUCUUUUGUCGAGCACCUGAAUAAAUAACCAAUGCUAGUGAAUCAUUGAAUUGUAAAGUCAAAUCAGAAGAGUGUACACACUUUGUAUGUAAGUGACUGAAUAUUUUGUAAACAGAGCCACUGAAUGUCGAAUCGAGUUGUAAUUAAGAAAAAAAAAAAAAACCAUUUGAUAAUGCAUAUACAAAUAAUAAUAGUAGCAUUAUACUCUAGCAAGCAAAACGAAAUAAAACGCUGAAAUAAACAAGGAAGACAAAUACGAAAAAAAAAUACAUUGUAUAGUUAAAACUAGACGAAGGAAGACGACACUAUGAAAAAAUCGAUUUAAUUACCUUCAAUUUGGUCGUAAGCUGUAAAAAAAAUUGUGUUAUAGGUUGACAUUAUAAAUGUAAUAAAUAUACGUGCCGUUUGAUUUCUUGCGGCCGGGAGAAGAACAUAGGA